AUGCUUCUUUUCAAAAGACUUUCGAGUAAGCAAAACAAGGCUGCAAAGCUGGAUAACGAACUGACGCCUGAGGAAGAGAAGAAAUACAUCAGCUAUGAAGAGCUUAUGUCUGUCCCUGGUAAAGUUGCAAAGGUGCUCAACGAAACGUAUGGUAAAAUAUUUCUCUCUCGAUCAGAGUUUGAGCAGCUAGCCAAAGCUAAGAGAACUGAUUACUUGAACUCUGUCAUGCUCACCCCUGAGGAAGGUGCUAAAUAUCUUCAAGGAAACGUUUUACAUCUGAAUGAUUUCAAGAAUGUUCGGCUCAUGGGACCGCAAACGAUUCAGUUGGAUAGUACUACGAUGAGCUUGAUCAGGUCAUAUCUUGAGUUCUUAACUAACACGGUUAGAGAGCAGCCUAACAAAUUCCUGUGGCGCAUUUUCAAUAGACAGCCUACUCCACCGCACCAUGGCUGCUAA